AUCAAAAACAGCAUUGAACAUUUUGGCGAAAAAGAAUGGCAUAAUUGGGGUGAAAAUCAGCAAUGCACUCCCGCUGAAAUUUUUCGACCUGUUAAUUUACAUGAUUUAAAACUCACUCUUAAAGUUGAACCAAUGUUUAAUUUAAUGAUGAUAGAUAGAUUCCCAAAAAUUUCAGACUAUUGGAAACCAGCAAAUCUUAAAAAUGAUGUAUUGAAUAGUGAUAGUAUUGAAAUUUUUUAUUGGCCGUUCAAUACAGCUGGCUUUGAAGAAAAUAAUGAUAAAAUUUGGGUAAAAACUUGGAAAAGAACCGAUUUGAAUGUUACGGAGACUCCAAUCGAAGUGAAAUCGUUUGCAGGCUUUCAAAAUUUUGAAACCAAAUUUGGGGAUCAUCUUUACGAACAUAUGACUAAGUUCCCAGACUCUACUCCAUACAUUACUAAUCUUACCUUUAAUAUUGCUUAUGGCCAUGAAAGUAAAAUUAUUUUACAAGCUCCUGAUGCAAUUCAUUACCAGGUUUAUGAAUUAGCUGCAGAUAACAAAUAUCCAUUAAAUCUUACUGCAGAAUUUCGUAUCAAUAAAGCGUCCAAAUGUCUGCUCGCCCCGACAUAUGAUGAAGACCCAAAUGCGUAUUACUGUUUAAUGGAAAUCUUAUCUGUUAAUGGUACUCAAGGUUUUCUUGAUUUUUCAAUUGAAAUAGCCAAAAGGUGGAUGGAGAAAUAUGAUGCUAAACCACAUUGGGGUAAAAUGUGGGAACAUGUGCCCG